UGGUAACGUACCUGAACCCUCUGGUGCACUCUGGGUCACGUGCCCCUUCAGUGCUGGCUGUACAGGAUGGACAGUCUUCCCUUCCCGCUCCCUGCUGGGAGCUGCAGGGGCUCCACCUGUACUCAGCACUGGAGCAGUUCCUCUCCGGGUCUCAGUCCCGUCUCCCUCCUCUGGAGGCCCUGGUCCCUGAGAGCAGCUGUGAACGUGUCCAGGCCCACCUCGCCACACCUUGACAAGACUGCAUCUGGUGACUGCAGCUGAUGCGGCCGACGUCCCGCAGGCCCUCAGCCCAGGCUGAGACCCCCGCAGUUACAGCUGGCAGUGCCCAAGGUGCCAGUAGCAUCCCACGCUCACUCCACGCCUAUGUCUUCUCCCUCAUUUCUCUCCCUGCUUCUCAAGCCUGAGUCUUCACCAUUUUCAGGUUUUUGGAAAAGAGUCUUAGCAUGUAUGAGAGUCUAUUGCUGUGCAGAGCAGCAACCCCCGGAAGGGGACGGAGGGCUGGUGCAGGUGGAAGGACAUUGGGGUGAGAUUCCUAAUGUGGAUAAGCUAAGGCAGCUAGGUAGAUACUAGCCUGUGUGUGUAAGAGGGGCCAAAGCAAAUGAGGAUUAUUUUUUUAAAGAAAUAAAAUUACGCACAGUGGGAGGAAGAAAGAAGCCCUGGAAGCAGACCGAGCCCCUUGUCUGUUUCCAUCUCCGUUAGCCCAAGGUGUUCCUGCCCUUCCUGUAUCUAAGAAUUCACCGACUUGAGGGAGUGAUCCAGCUGACCUGAUAAUUCUAAUCACUGGACUAAAGCGAUCAUUUGCUUCUCUGAUAGAUAAGAACCUUGUUGGCCAACAGUGGCCAGAGAGAUUUGUUUAGGGGAAUUCCAUUCCUAAAGUAAUUGCCUUGCAACCCUGUUAGAUGAGUCUCAGCCCCUCCCUGGGGCAGCUCAGGGCAGUCCCACCUGCCCUUCACCAAGGGGACUGUUGAGAUGUCCUGGGAGGGGUUCCCUGGCCCAGAAAGCCCAGAGCCUGGGAAGGGUGUAGGGGGAACAGCAACAAAGAUCCACACUCUGCGCCAUGAAAACCUCAGUCCCAGUGCACACUGGGCUCUCGGUCUCCCCUGAGACGCCUACCUGCUCUAUCAGGUGUAGGGGUUUGUCUCUUUACUGUUUCAAUAAAACUUUGCCAAAGUUGCCUUCUGGUCUGCUUGGUCAUCCGCCUCAUACUUUGUCACCCAUGGGACAAGUUUUGGGUGCUAGUAGUAACGGAUACUUCGUAAGUGUGUGACCUCUGUAUUUUAGGUAUUGGGUCCAGGUUUCUACUCCUACGUUUGUACCUUGUGAGCAUGUGACUCUGUGUGUGUUUAAAUCAACUCUUUUCUGAAUUUAAAAGAUACACACCUAUGGUUAAAAAAAUAAGCAUAUCAAACACAGACCCUUAACCUCCUUCCCCAGAAGCAACAACCGUUGCCAAAUUUCUGUUGUAUUCUCCCACAAACAUUCUAGGCAUGCACGAACUUGACAUCUAAUGAAGAUAUCCCUGCUGACAAAGGAGGCGCCUUAUCUAUGUAAUGUGUGUACCGGAGGUCACCACUCCACUCUCCCUGCAUCCCUUUAAUAGGUGUGGCCUUGCUAGGAAAUCCCAAAACACACACAGGCUCCCCCUUUUCAACAGCCAGUUUGGUUGUUUAACUCGUCUACCGUCACAAAAAUUCUGCCUUGAGCAUACACACAUGUCUGCACACAUGCACAACUAUACUUUUUUUUUUUUUUUAAGAUUAUUUAUUUGAAAGACAGAGUUACAGAAAGGCAGAGGAGGGGGCAGAGAGAAAAAAAGAGAGAGGUCUUCCAUCUGCUGAUUCACUCCUCAAAUGACCACAACAGCUAGAGCUGGGCUGAUCUGAAGCCAGGAGCCAUGACCUUCUGCGUCUCCCACAUGGUUGCAGGAGCCUAAGCAAUUGGGCCAUCCUCUACUGCUUUCCCAGGCCAUAGCAGAGAGCUGGAUCAGAAGUGGAGCAACUGGAAAUGGAACCGGUGCCCAUAUGGGAUGCCAGCACUGCAGGCAGCAACUUUACCCAAUACACCACAGCACUGGCCCUACAACCAAUACUUUCAAUACAAGGACCAGAGUCAGGCUGGAGGGGAGUCUGGGCAGCCCCUGAACCAAGAGCGUGGAGCAGGGGAAUCAGUCCCGGUCGCCAUCUAUGUCCAGCUGGACUCUCCGGACGAGACCUGGCUCCCUGUGCUCUCCGAGAGCCUGACUCUCCCCACUGCCUUGCCUUCCUCUUCUCCAAGAACCCUCACUGGCCUCAGCCUCACUACAGUGUGCAAUGUCAGCCGCCAGGGGUACAUCUCCUGUACUUGCCGCGCUGGGUACCAGUGGGACAGCAGCUCCUGCUCCCGUCACCGUCCCUGCUCCUGCUCCGACAGACACCUGCCCUGUAGCUGCCUUGUCUUCGAGCAUUCUAAACCAGGCUAUUGCCAGUUGCUGCCACCUGUUCCCGGGAACCUGAGCCUGAGCUCCGGCCUGCAGCCCCUCGGCAGCACGCUGAAGCUGACCCUCAGCUUUAGCCAGGAGAUCUCCAACCUGACCUGGUUCCUGAAGAGGCCCGGAGAGUGCUGGAACAUCCUGCAGCCAGGGGCACAGGUGUCUCUGAACUUCAGCCAGGACCAAGCUGUCCUCACGGUCACUGACAUGUCCCAGGAGUGGGCAGGUGAGUACAUGAGCUACUUCGAGGCCCAGGGCUUCCUGUGGGAGCUGCACCAGACGGUGAGUGUGCCCUUGGAGGCGUCAGACGUGGCUCAGCUUCUAGACCAGCCCUCCGUCACCUGCACCGGCUCCUCAGGCUUCCAGCUGAGCUGCUGCACCCCCAAGACACCGCUGACCUACACGGCUUCCUGGAGCCCCGGGGAGGACAGCCAAGACGGAGAUGUCACCUGCCCCGAGGACUCCUUGGUGGUUGCCUGGAAUGUCACCAAGGCUGGCCACGAGGCACAGGCCCCAUGUCCUGUGGGCAAGAGGGGCGUGGUGAAGAGGCUGUGUGGGCCUGACGGGCUCUGGGGUGCCAUUGACUACAGCUGCACAGACACGAGGCUCCUGAACUUGUUUGCCAAGGCUAAGCUGCUGCUGGCAGGCCGGGGCAAGCCUGCUGAGAAGGUGCCGAAGAUCCUGGCCCGGAUGUCGCGGCUGGUGGAGGAGGCCAGCUCGCCCUCUGACUUAGUGUCACUGCUGGGCACCAUAGAAGCCUUGGCCAAGGUGGUAGCCACAGCCAGUGUACAGCUUAACCGCAGUGCCCUGCAGGAUCUCCUGACAACCACAGACAAGGUGCUAGACAUGGACAUCAGCUCUCUGUGGACACCGGCCCAGGACAAGGAGCCCUCGGCGAGCUCAGACCUCCUCCUGGCUCUGGAGACCCUGGCGCGCAGCCUGUGCCCGCCGGAUCAACCGUUCACCUUCAACUUGACCAAUGUGCAGUUGGACAGCCAGCUCUACACGCCCUCUCUCUCUCCUGACUACAGGGUCUCCUUGCCCCCCGUGCAAGUUCAGAUCCCCCAGCACUCUCUGGCCCCACAUGUCCCUAAUGGAACCAAUGUCAGGAUCACCAGCUUGUUGCUACAAAAACUGGGCCAACUUCUGCCCCCAAAUUAUGGGCAGGAGCUGGGAGACGCCCUGUACGUCACUUCUGGCCAGAUCCUCUCCAUCUCCAUCAUGGCUGGUAGCCAGGCCAUCAAUCAGGUCAAGGUCAUCAUGAACUUCGGGGACAUAAAUGGUAGCGCCCACUGUGUCUUCUGGGACUACAGACUUUUCCAGGGCAACGGGGGCUGGUCAGAGGAAGGGUGCCAGGUGGCCAGCGCUCAACCCCCCCCUCGGUGCAUCUGCCAGCACCUCACUGCCUUCUCCAUCCUUAUGUCCCAAUGCUCUGUCCCACAGGCACCAGCCCUAGGCCUGCUGAGUCAGGUGGGCUUAGGGGCCUCCAUAGCGGCACUGCUCGUGUGCCUGGCUGUGUACAGGCUGGUGUGGAGAGUCGUGGUGCGGAACAAAGUCGCCUACUUCCGCCACGCUAGCCUGGUCAACAUGGCACUGUGCUUGCUGGCUGCAGACACCUGCUUCCUGGGAUCCCUGCUGUUUCGUCCUGAAACCCACAGCCCGCUCUGCCUGGCCACGGCCUUCCUCUCUCACUUCCUCUACCUGGCUACCUUUUUCUGGAUGCUGGCACAGGCCCUGGUGCUGGCUCAUCAACUGCUUUUUGUCUUCCAUCAGCUGUCCAAGCACCAAGUGCUCCCCAUCAUGGUGAUCCUUGGCUACCUGUGCCCACUGGGGUUUGCAGGGCUCACCCUGGGCCUCUAUCUACCUCGAGGGCAAUACCUGAGGGAGGGAGAAUGCUGGUUGGAUGGGAAGGGAGGGGCGCUCUACACCUUCGUGGGGCCAGUGCUGGUCGUCGUGGGCGUGAACGGACUGGUCCUGGCCAUGGCUGUGCUGAAGUUGCUGAGACCAUCGCUGUCAGAGGGGCCCCCGGCGGAGAAGCGCCAGGCUCUUCUGGGGGUGGCCAAAGCCCUGCUCAUCCUCACACCCAUCUUUGGCCUCACCUGGGGGCUGGGCCUGGCCACUCUGCUAGAGGAAGUCUCCAUAGUCCCUCAUUACAUCUUCACCAUUCUCAAUGCCUUCCAGGGUGUCUUCAUCUUACUGUUUGGCUGCCUCAUGGACAAAAAGGUACGAGAGGCCUUGCGGAAACGCUUCUGCGGCACCCAAGCCCCCAGCUCCGCCAUCUCCCUGGCCACAAAUGAAACCCAGGUCUUGGACCACAGCAGAGGAGGAAGUGAAGACAGCAGCCUGGGAGAGCAGUAGAAGAUGGCCCAAGUCUUUGGGCCCCUGCAACUGCAUGGGAAAACCCAGAGGAAGCUCCUGGUUCCUGGCUUUGGAUCGGCACAGCUCCAGCCAUUGUGGCCAUCUGAGGAGUGAACCAGCAGAUGGAAGACCUCUCUCUCUCUCUCUCUCUCUCUCUCUCUCUGCCUCUUUGUAACUCUGCCUUUCAAAUAAAUAAAC